AUUUUUAGAAAAAAUUAUUUGUAAUACUGGCUGCAUGGUUGCUGAUGUUGAGAAAGUGUAGUCUCAUGCGUUCGCAAGUCGGGUUCCCAGCACGAUGUUGCAGCUGUCGGCGUCGUUCCUGUUCCAUGCGCCUGAAGACACACAAGGAACGCACUCCGGGGAGGUAAAAGUGCCGUGUACCGAUACCGGUAACGACGAGUAACACCGCCCUCGAGAGACAAAGCGUACCGUGGUACGGUACCUGGUACCGGCACAGCACCCACCAGAUCGAAUGGACGGUCCAAUGAUUGAAUUCAAUCAAUCAUGCGAUUUGACUUGACGGUUUGAUGAACGUUCGAAGAUUGAUUGUCUGUCUGGAACCUCGAGGUACCAGAACGAGCAGCCGAUUGCGAUUGUGUGGUUCAUGACGAUUGCUUGGAUAUCAUACGGUACGGUACAUGCAUCCAUGGUACCUGCUAUCUCUGUGAUGGAUAGUGGCACUAUGGUGCAUGACUGUCAGCACCGUGCCGGUAGGACCGCUGAGGUGCGCGUCCUUUUUCAUGUUUGGCCGUUGUGAACUCCCUAGAACUUCGCAUGCCGCAUCGACCAAAGUGGAAGGUGCGCAUUGGGCUAGACGUUCUUCAACCCUCCACACCACGAAGACAACACUGAGAAGUGAGUUCAUGGAGCGCGCACCCUGCAGCCACACCUCUAUUCAACGGGCCCCAUCGAUGCGUAAGAGAGGCAGCUUGGUGUUGUUAUUGUUGUGAGCAUUGAACCAAGGCACUGAGCCUGUCUUCUCCCUGACAAGUCUGUCUCCCCGACAAUGGUGUUCAAUUGCUGUCUGGUACCAUGCAGCGCUCAGAUUCAUGAUGAAGAAUUUGAGCGGGCAAUGCGCCGUUCGAAAGACAAGAGUGAUUACACCAGGUGGCGGCGGCAUAGGUCCAAGUCGAGAUCCAGGUCGAAACGAGACAAAUCGAUUGCAAGGAAGAAGAAGAAAAAAGAGGAGUUGGAGGCUGAAGCCAGAGAAUACGAUAGUCGUGAAAGUGAAGAAGACGAAGAAGACGACUAUGAUGACGACGUAUCAAGAUCGCCGCAUCGUCCAGAAUUCAGGAAACCGAUGCCGGAAAAGCCGAAUGAGUCUCCCUGCCUAAGAGAAACUGCUGGUUCUGUUCGGUCGGACCGCCAUUCAAGAAAGAGUUCCAAGGAGGCUCAAGUGAUUUUCCGUGAACAAAAGGAAGAUGACCGUACUGUCAAUACGAACAAAUCGGAGGCUUUGCCUGGCAGUCUACCGAAAAGCAUCCUGGCGGACAGCUUCUACUCGGAUGACUCAUUAGAAAAUGGGGACCUUACGUUUGAGGUCGACUACGGUACCUCCACACCGCUGUUCGAAGCACUGGAGCUCAAUGAUUGGGGCAACGUUUUGUUUUUCCUACGGGCUGGAAAGUUCAUUGCGGGUGGGACAUUGCGUACCGAUGACAUGGACGACCCAGAAACGCAAGUGAGAACCUGGGUCCAUUGCCAAGACGACAGGGGUAGCGUGAUGUGGCGUCAGCUACCCUUGCAUGCGGCCAUUUGUUUGGCAGCCCCGUUGGUAGUUGUGCAGCGGCUUGUGGAAGUCUACCCCGAUGCACUUGCUUGCCAGGAUAGCUUUGGGAAUCUUCCUCUCAACCUAGCUGCAAAGCUGCACGGCACCGAAUCGUUUGUCUUCCAAGUGGUUAGCAUCAAGAGUCAGCGUUGGCUGCAAUCAAGGGAAGAUACUGAUGAUGGGGAGGACGUAACAACAGUGACUACCGAGAGGACUGGGAGCGCGGUCCCGUCUACCGGAACACAAGGCCCCUCGAAUGAUCGCCCAAUGACCCCUCUCGCUUCACCCACCAUGAGACCCUUGGCGGAAAACGGACGAGAUGAUGGAUGGAAUCCUCCAACUUUCACACAAACACCGACAGCCCGCCCUGUUGAUUCUGAACCGAAGGGGAUAAACUUACCACAGGAGGGAUGGGAGAACCGUUCUGGGAUCCCAACAAACUCACAACAACCUGUCGUCACUAGACCCACUGUAGUAGACAAUGAAAGAGAAGAACGCCAUCCUGAGAUCCUGUCCAAGACACAACCCCAUUCAAGCUCUAUUCUAGAAAAUGCACGAGACGACUGGGAAUACCGACCAGGGACACCGACAAAUCUACACUCACGUGGUACUUCGAUUGUCGAACAUGCUCAUGACGAGGGAUGGGAGUUUCGCCCAGGAACACCAACGAAGCAAAACCGCUCUAGCGCGUUUGUGCGAAGGCUACAGGAGAGUUUUGACGCCGCUUAUUCUUCCAGCGACGAAUCAUCGGACUCAGAAUACAAACAGCUUUGUAAUGGUUCGUUUGGAGAUGAUGAUGCAGGCUUCCUGGACGAUGAGAAUGAGCUGGAGAUGUACUAUCAUCAUGGAUAACAGAGAAAUUGAGUCAAUUGGGUUGUGGGAGCCAAUAUGUUGCGUUUUUCCCCGGUACUAAUUUGUUGUUAAAAAGUGAGACUCAGAAUAAUAUGCAGUCAAAAGUAUGUAACAAUGUACAUGUACUUUAGCCGUCAUCUAUGCAUAAAACAGAACAAGAAUAAAUACUAGGCCUUGAA